AUGCCGAAGAACGCGCUGGUGACGCUCCGCUACGGGCCUUACCGGAGCUGCGGCGUGGUGGAGCACUGCGCCUUCCGCCUGCAGGGCUUGCGAGCUGUGUUAGAAGAAGACGGACACCAGGUCAUUCUCGAAGAAAUACCAGAUUGGAAUGAUGUUCAGCUCAUAGUGAAUGGGGAGACCGUCUUCCAGUGUAACAUCAAUGAUCUGGAUUUUGGUGGUGAUGGCAAACUGGACCCACUUUGUGAAGAAGCUAGGAAAGCUGUGUUAAAUGCCUAUUAA